UUUGUAUCGAGGAAUCGAAACUUGUAGGUGGCGUCAUUCUUUUAGGAACAGAUAUUCAUUGUAAGAAGGCUUAGAUACGAUAAACGAUUAAAACAAUGGCUGAUACAAAACUAUACGAUUUAUUAGGAGUUUCUAGACACGCUACCGAUGCAGAGAUCAAAAGAGCCUAUCGUAAAUUGGCUAAAGAAUAUCACCCGGAUAAGAAUCCAGAACAGGGAGAGAAGUUUAAAGAAAUUUCGUAUGCUUACGAAGUUCUCUCGGACCCUAACAAGAGGGUAGUUUAUGAUCAACAAGGAUUGAAAGGGCUGCAGGGUGGUGCUCAUGAAGGAUUUGGAGCCGAGGAUCUCUUUUCCCACAUCUUCGGAGGUGGUCUGUUUGGCGGAAUGGGAAUGGGUUCGGGUCGAAGAAGAAAGCAACGUGGCGAAGACACCAUACAUCCAUUAAAGGUCUCUUUAGAGGACAUGUAUAAUGGAAAGACUGCUAAACUACAACUCAGCAAGAAUGUUAUCUGCAGAACUUGUGAAGGCCAAGGAGGAAAACCCGGUGCUCUUCAACAGUGCCGUUCGUGCCGUGGACGAGGCGUAAAGGUAACUUACCGACAGCUGGGACCCGGUAUGAUUCAGCAGAUGCAGUCUGACUGUCCAGAUUGUAAUGGCGAAGGAGAAAUGAUAAAUGAGAGAGAUCGCUGCAAAACUUGCAAGGGUAAGAAAGUUGUGAAUGAGACCAAAAUUCUGGAAGUUCACGUGGAUAAGGGUAUGCGUGAGGGGGAGAAAAUUUAUUUUCGUGGAGAAGGUGACCAGCAGCCAUCGGUCGAGGCUGGCGAUGUCAUUAUCGUUCUGCAACAGAAACCUCAUGAGGUAUUCCAACGGGAAGGAAACGAUCUGUUUAUGACUCAUAAAGUAAAUCUCACUGAAGCGCUCUGUGGCUUUAACAUUGUAAUCCAGCACUUAGACGGGCGCGAUAUAGUGAUGAAGAAUCCUCCCGGAGAUGUUAUAGAGCCUGGAACCGUAAAAGGCGUAGUUGGUGAAGGCAUGCCGAUCUACAGAAAUCCAUUUGAAAAAGGAAAUCUCUAUGUUAAAUUUGAUGUUCAAUUUCCAGAAAAUUAUUUCAUUAAUGAAGAAAAAUUAAAGGAAUUGGAAAUGCUCCUACCUCCUCGAUCUCCAUUUGAAAUGCCCAUUGGCGAACACGUGGAAGAGGUGGACCUGCACGAUUACGACCCCAGUACGGCGGGAUCCAGUGGAGGCGGCGGAAGAUCGGAAGUCUACGACUCCGACGAGGAAGAACACCACAGAGGUCCCGGCGUCCAGUGCGCCCAUCAAUAAUGAUUAAUCGUUUAAGUAAUAAAAAGGUUUCUGAAUUAGUUUUAUAAUGGAGUGGUAUGUUAUUAAAUAAUUAAAAAAAAAAAUUGCCAGUUUUCUGAAGGGGACCAUUCUUGUGCGACUAUAACCGCAAACAAUGAAAAUAAUAUCCUCUGUCGAUUAAGAAAUUCUGCACAAGAAUGUUUGUUCAAACAGUUUUUGAGUGUUGUGCAAUUUUUUGCUAAUCUCGCUAAACAAAUAUUUCAAGGCUUGCUCUCGUCAAUCUAUUUAAAGGAAAGUUGCGUAAAAAGAAACCAUGUUUAGGCAUUUUUACUUUACAUAUCAAUAUUUAGAUGACAAACGACGUUUCUAGGACAUUUAUUCUAUUAAUUAUAACCAUCCGUCGAUUUAAAAAAGAAAUUAAAAGCAUGUUAAAUUGAUGUAUCGGUAUACCUUUCCAGAGAAUCUGCGCUCCGAACUUGGUCUGUAUACGAAGAAUCGAGAGCGAGACAACAGGUUUUUCUCUCUAGAUGUCAUUCCAGUUCUGUAACAUACCUCCAUUUGUCGGUAAAUAUUUCAUUUUUUCCAGCCGUUAAUCAAAUAUUUGUCGGGCGGAAGUAAGUUAUGUCUCUGUUUUUACUCGCCGCCCAGUUCCGGGGACGCGUGCCUGUCCCCAAACCGAAGCGGCGGAAAUUAAGCUAGAUAAAUUGUCGCAGUGUGUAGUCGUUUAGUAUAUUUUUAAAUACCUGUAAUUAUAUUUAAGACGCCCCAUAUUUUUUUUUUUGUUUUUACUUUCCCCGAUGUGAAUUUGUCCAGGCGUUAGUCUCGGAAAAUGUCGUUAUAUAUAUACACAUAUAUGAUGUUUUUCUCGGCCACAACGGAAUCAAGUUACCUGCUGACUUGUAAAUAUCACGUCGAACGGGAGCCAUUCGCACGGCUCUCGCCGAUAUAUAUAUUAUUGGAGGGGUAUAAUUUUGUCACUGCACUCAGUUCUACUUAUGAUGAAUCUGUUCUGAAUUCUUUAUUUAGUAAUCCGAGGAAUAUGAAAUAUGUAGAAGUUUGUGAAAAAUAAAAAAAGAAAACAUUCUA